CAUAUAUCGUCACCUGAUAUCGAUAGCCAAGAAACUUUCGUGGCAAGAAUUUGUUAAAAAUAUACAAAUAAUUAAAUACCAGCCCUAAGGCAAUGCAUGAUCCGAUCAAGAAGUCGGCUCACUUGACCGCUGGCUCCACCAGCACAGCGGAGAAGCUGUGCUUCGACAAGAAUGAGUUUAUGAAGGCAAACUUCUCUGUGGAUGAGUUUCUGCACAAGAAUCGCAAUGCGCCUAGUCUGGAACAGCUGCGUGACAACCUGGGCCUUUACCUCAAAGGUCUGCGGGCGGCCAUGAUCGAUUUGAUCAACGAGGAUUACGCAGACUUUGUAAACUUGAGCGCAAACCUGGUGGGACUGGACCAGAAUAUAAAGACCAUUCAACAGCCAUUGGAGCAGUUCCGCAGCGACAUCGAGAGCAUUCACGGCUUAAUAGACGAGAACGUGACCGAACUGCGGGCCCAGUUGGAGGAGAAGCGUCAGCUUCGCGAGUUUAAACGAGGUCUGCAGAGCCUAAAGAAAGUGUAUGAGACCAUUAACAAGCUUCAGGAUCUAAUCGACCGAAAGCUCAGCGGGGAACAGCCAAUUAAGGCCGUUGACCUGGAGCGCGCUGCCCUGGACCUGAUUCAAUUGAAGUUCCAUGAGAAACACUGUUCCAAGCACUUAAACCCCGAGCAUCAAGGGAAGAUCGAACAGCUUGAAGGGCAAUUGCAUCAGCAUCUGCGAUGCUUCUUCAAUGAUGCCCUUAGCCAGGCACGCAACUCGGCACCGGAAUCCUUGGAGCGCUGCUUGCGGAUCUAUAUAACUCUAAAUGCCUGUGAUCAGGCAGAGUGCGCCUUCCGCGAGGAUGUGGUGGCUCCGUAUAUGACGGGCGUCAUUGGCGAACAACAGUUGCAAAACUCGCCGCAGGGAUUAGCUGGCAUCUACAGCAAGAUCCUCAACUUUAUAUCGCUGCAUAUGACCGAUCUGCUGCGCCUUACGCUUUACUCGGAUAAGUUUCCGGGCUUUAACUUCGUGGUUAAUAGUUACUGGUCUGAUUUGGAGACGCGUCUUGAACUGCACAUGAAUUCCAUAUUUGCGCCUGGCAACUCGGAGGUGUUCUAUGUAAAAUACAAGUGCACUCGCGACUUCCUGGGCAAAAUAGAGGAGCUAUUGACCUGCUCCGGAGAGCAGGCCGUGGCGUUCUAUCGCCAGCACAAGCAAACAAAAAGCUUUGAGGCCCGCUGGAAUCUUCCGGUUUACUUCCAAAUAUGCUUUCAAGAAAUUGCUGGUAAAUUUGAAGCCCAGUUAGAGCCGGUGCUCCAGGAGGACAGCUUAAAAGAUAAUCUCACCGAUAGGGACUACAAAAUAUCCGCAUUUAAUGCCGCGAAGGAGGCUAUGACACGGUGCUGGGCCGAAGGAGUUUACCUACCCGAAGUAUUUCCGAAAUUUUACAAACUUAACGUGCAGGUGGUACUGCGUCUUUCGCGCUGGAUCACGGAUGCAAUUACUCUAUCGAAAGGCAGCCACUUUUCCAAGUCCUACACUCGAAACCAGUUACUUAUUGCCCUCCAUGCAGACAUCCGCAAACUUGACGCGUAUUUGCCAGAGCUUCAGCAAUUGAUUAUUAAAUCAGUGCUCGUUGAACAGCGUACGAAGAUCUUUAGCGACGUAUUGGCCAAAUCAAUGUCCUGCCUUGCCGACACGCUAGGUACGCAUUUGACCAACAUACAAAAGACCUUAGUGGAGUUGCUGAUCGGAGAAUGCGAGACGGAAAAUGUGCGCCAGGUAAACGACUUGCCGCGUUUGUAUCGCAAGACGAAUCGAGAGGUUCCCACAAGAUGUUCGAGCUAUGUGGAGCAAAUGCUGCGACCGCUGAAGACUUUUGCCCAGCAGAACGAGUCCCAGCUUGGCACCCUGGUGGUGGAACAGAUCUUGUCGGAGGUUGCUAGUCACAUAACCAAGGCGUACUUCAAUGUGGUGAGCGAUGUGCUCACAUCCGUACAGAAAACCGAAGAGUCAUUGCGACGCCUGCGAAAUGUAAAAAGUGGCGGAGCCGCGACUGUGUCGACUGGAAGCUCGGCUGUGAUGUCUGACGAUGAUAAGAUUCGCGUCCAACUGCGAGUGGAUGUCACAUCUUGGAGGCAAGAGCUGGGCAAACUAAACUUUCAGGCCACCCAGAUCGAUAGGCUAGUCGAGUUGACAAACAUGGUGGAGGACAGUAUCAAGCUAAAGGAUAACAGCGCCUAGACACUAACAACGAUCAGUUAUCAAACGUAUACACUUCUUUUUAUUCUUGGUAAACGAAUUCUAACGAUUCUUUAGGCACAAUUAUUGAUUGUAUUAGGACUACGAAUUGUAUAUAAUAUAUAUAGGCAUAUAUGUAUAUCAUAUAUUUAAAUGCAUUGAAUUUCACAAUCGUUGUUGGUAAA